AUGGCUUGGACUAAAGUUCAGAAGGCGCAGUUCGAUACUCAAAUGGUUUUAGAGGAAGCUGAAGACUUAUGGGAUAAUGUGCGUCAGAGACUGGAGGUUAUAAGUACUAAGAUUACUUGGGUAGUGUUCAAAGCUUAUUUUCUCGAGAAAUACUUUCCUGAGUACAUACAUAGUAAGAAGGAAAUCGAGUUCCUUGAGCUGAAACAAGGAAAUUCAACAGUUGUGGAGUAUGCUGCUAAGUUUGAAGAGCUGGUGAAGUUUUGUCCACACUACAAUAAUGUGGAUGUUGAAGGGUUGAAGUGUAUCAAGUUAGAGAGCAGAUUGCAUCCCGAGAUCAAGCAAGGUAUUGGGUAUCAAGAUUUUCGACCAUUUUCUGUACUGGGUCAUACUAGUACUCAGUGUGAAAAACCUAAAAAGGAUCAAUCUAGAGGGAAAGUUUUUGCGUUGUCUGGAGCAGAUACUACUGCAUAUGAUAGCUUGAUUCGAGUGUUUGCUAUGAGUGGUAGCAUGGUCAUUGAUACCCCAACUAAUGGUUUAGUGACUACUUCAUUGGUGUGUUUGAAUUGUCCCUUGACAAUUUAUGGUAGAAAUUUUGGAAGGACUUAG